AGCUCAGAUUUUUUGCCUGUCGACGUUUUUGCAGGCUUGUGUCCACUACAACCAGCCAAAAUUCUGUAAAAACCACAGCUCUGCGACGCUGAAGCCAGCCGUGCCAGCGCCGGCGCCGUAGAGCGCUUGAGCCCUGCACCCAGCACCAGCAACCCUACCUGCAGCGCACGCACGCCGCCGCAGCGAGAAAAAACAACAAAAUGACGCUACGAGACAAGCUCCCCGAGCUCUGCGUUAUGUUAAUAGGCAUGGCGGCGUUGUUUGCCUGGAACGCCGUGAUCACGAUCCCGACGUACUGGCGCCAGCGCUUCUGCGGCAGCCCGCUCGCGCGCUACCAUGAGUCGGCCUUCUCCUUAGCCUACCAGGCCGCGGCCCUGGUGGUGGCGGCCUGGGCGCCGAAAUUGUCACGACGAAUAUCCGUAAGACGUAGAAUCGUGCCGACGACCUACUGUUUGGGCGUCAUCUUCGUCCUCUUCGCGCUGCUAGCUGUCUGGGCCGACGCGCCGCGCGACUCCGUAUUCGCUCCAGCAACAGUAAUAGGCGUGGCCCUCUGCGGGGGGUUAUCCCAACUACUAUGCUCAGCGACGUACGGCGUCUGCGCGGCCCUCAGGGACAACUUUACGGCCGCAAAUAUGGCCGGCCAGGGUUUGGCCGGCGUCGCGCCGGCCCUAGCUGUUGUUUUAGUUGCGCUGUCUUCCUCCGGUACGCCGGACGAGGCAUGCGUCGCGCCGCACAUCGACAAGGCGGCUGUUAUCUAUUUCGUGGCCUCCGCUCUAUUGUUCGGCGCCGCCGUCGCGGCCUUUGGCGUGCUGGAGCGUUCGACGAGGUAUAUCGCGAGCGGGUUGAAUGAAGCCAUGGUUGUUACUGAAGAGGACGAGGAAGAGGCUGAGGUGAAUCUAGAUACACCCCUCGUAGAGAACGACGGCGACAUCACACAAGUUUGUAGGUCGAUCGCGCUGCCCGCGCUGAGUGUUUUCCUGGUGUUCACGUGCACUCUAAGUGUGUUUCCCGCAUUAACAUCAUUGACGCGCGCGCCAUCGAACGCGAACGCCCUGCACAAGCGUCUAUUUGUACCAUUAUUGUUCCUCGAAUUUAACGCGCUCGAUACGAUCGGACGUGCAAGUGCGGCAUGCUUCGAGGCGCCCUCAUCCCGAACACUGGUGUUGCUCUCGUCAUUACGGUUCGCGUUCGUCCCCUGCUUCAUCUUCGACGACAUCGAGAAGGGCCCAUCCGGCCCCGCUGUAUUACAAACGACGGCGGCGCCGUUCCUGCUCAUGGCGCCGUUCGCGCUGUCGAACGGGCUACUCGCGGCGCUCGCGCUGACGGCGGCGCCGCCCUUGGUCGCGGCCUCAGAUAGGGAGCUCGCGGGGAACUUGAUGGGGUUAUUUCUGGUCCUGGGGCUGUCGUGCGGGAGCUUAUUAUCGUUCGGGCUCGUCGCGGCGGCGACGGGCUAGCAGCUUUAUUUGUAAAUUCGGUUUAGUGU